UCAAGGAGCCAAUCCAAGCGGCAUUCUUGGCUACGUCGUUGCCCAGCAAAACAAGGACAGCCUACCACGCGGGCCCCCCCGCUGCCGCUGCCCCUCCGGCUGUGCUCAUCACCAUGCAGCGCCCGUCCUUGAAAUCCAAGCUGUCCCUCAAUGCCCGCUUCAAGAGCUCCUCCACCAACGGCCCCUCCUCCUCGUCCACGAGCAUCAACGAGACUGCCAAUCCAAGCCCAAAGCGCAGCAUGGCCGAAUUGAAGCCUGCACUCGUUCUGAAGGCCAAUGUUCUCAAGGUAGGUCGGCUGAGCGAUGCAGUGCAGCUCCCCCCGUUCCGCAUCCAAGCUAACGGUGCGUCUUGUAGGGUAGGAACCUGGCUGCAAAGGACCGCUCAGGCACCUCCGAUCCCUACCUCGUGCUCACACUCGGCGACGCCAAACAAGCGACUCCCACCAUCAACAAAACAUUGAACCCAGAAUGGAACCAGGUGCUGGACUUCCCCAUACUAGGCCAGCAGACCCCCCUCCUUCUGGAGGCAUGUUGCUGGGACAAGGA